AGCAUUCUAUCCCCAUCAUCAUCAUCAUCAUCAUCAUCAUCAUCAUCAUCAUCAUCAUCAUCAUCAUCAUCAUCAUCAUCAUCAUCAUCAUCAUCAUCAUCAUCAUCAUCAUCAUCAUCAUCAUCAUCAUCAUCAUCAUCAUCAUCAUCAUCAUCAUCAUCAUCAUCAUCAUCAUCAUCAUCAUCAUCAUCAUCAUCAUCAUCAUCAUCAUCAUCAUCAUCAUCAUCAUCAUCAUCAUCAUCAUCAUCAUCAUCAUCAUCAUCAUCAUCAUCAUCAUCAUCAUCAUCAUCAUCAUCAUCAUCAUCAUCAUCAUCAUCAUCAUCAUCAUCAUCAUCAUCAUCAUCAUCAUCAUCAUCAUCAUCAUCAUCAUCAUCAUCAUCAUCAUCAUCAUCAUCAUCAUCAUCAUCAUCAUCAUCAUCAUCAUCAUCAUCAUCAUCAUCAUCAUCAUCAUCAUCAUCAUCAUCAUCAUCAUCAUCAUCAUCAUCAUCAUCAUCAUCAUCAUCAUCAUCAUCAUCAUCAUCAUCAUCAUCAUCAUCAUCAUCAUCAUCAUCAUCAUCAUCAUCAUCAUCAUCAUCAUCAUCAUCAUCAUCAUCAUCAUCAUCAUCAUCAUCAUCAUCAUCAUCAUCAUCAUCAUCAUCAUCAUCAUCAUCAUCAUCAUCAUCAUCAUCAUCAUCAUCAUCAUCAUCAUCAUCAUCAUCAUCAUCAUCAUCAUCAUCAUCAUCAUCAUCAUCAUCAUCAUCAUCAUCAUCAUCAUCAUCAUCAUCAUCAUCAUCAUCAUCAUCAUCAUCAUCAUCAUCAUCAUCAUCAUCAUCAUCAUCAUCAUCAUCAUCAUCAUCAUCAUCAUCAUCAUCAUCAUCAUCAUCAUCAUCAUCAUCAUCAUCAUCAUCAUCAUCAUCAUCAUCAUCAUCAUCAUCAUCAUCAUCAUCAUCAUCAUCAUCAUCAUCAUCAUCAUCAUCAUCAUCAUCAUCAUCAUCAUCAUCAUCAUCAUCAUCAUCAUCAUCAUCAUCAUCAUCAUCAUCAUCAUCAUCAUCAUCAUCAUCAUCAUCAUCAUCAUCAUCAUCAUCAUCAUCAUCAUCAUCAUCAUCAUCAUCAUCAUCAUCAUCAUCAUCAUCAUCAUCAUCAUCAUCAUCAUCAUCAUCAUCAUCAUCAUCAUCAUCAUCAUCAUCAUCAUCAUCAUCAUCAUCAUCAUCAUCAUCAUCAUCAUCAUCAUCAUCAUCAUCAUCAUCAUCAUCAUCAUCAUCAUCAUCAUCAUCAUCAUCAUCAUCAUCAUCAUCAUCAUCAUCAUCAUCAUCAUCAUCAUCAUCAUCAUCAUCAUCAUCAUCAUCAUCAUCAUCAUCAUCAUCAUCAUCAUCAUCAUCAUCAUCAUCAUCAUCAUCAUCAUCAUCAUCAUCAUCAUCAUCAUCUUAUUCUAUUCAAACUAUAAUUCAGAGCUUGUAUGUUUGUUAUUCACUGACAGUUCAUUUACAAUAA